AUGUCUGGCUACGACGGCGGAUACAGCGGCGGUGGUGGUCGCGGAGGCGGCGGCUACGGUGGUGGUGGUUACGGCCGUGAUCGUGGUGGUGACCGUGGUGGUGACCGCAACGGUGGUGGUUUCGGAGGGUAA